GUCUCAGACUCGUUUCUUUUUCUCCCACAAGCCUCAGGCUGAUUGCUCUAGUCAUCCGCCAGGAUUAAACGUGGCUGAGGAUGACGAUGGUUCAUGCCUUUGUGCAUCCAAUCAGCCACUGCGAGGGUACCAACACCUAUAGCUGUGCAGUAUAUCUCCCAGGGACAGAAAAGUCUCAUUGGCGCAGCGGAUAUGCUGACUCGAAUCCCGAGAUUCCUCAAACUGUGUCUGUUAUCUUAUUCUUAUCCUUCAGGCCGUGCGUAUGAUGCCGUGACGAAGUAUAAUCAGCUGACCUGACCUUAUUGACAACCACCGACUAAACAGUUCCAUGCCAGAUGAUAGGAGGAACCCAACUAGACCAGGCAAGACAAAAACCAACCAACGCUAGUAAGUAGUUAGUUAAAGGUUACACCUGAGUCAUGCUUUCAAGCAAAAAAAACUCUCAAAUCUAGUAAAAGAGAAGAAAAAGCAAAGCGAAACCAUACCAAGCCGAAUUCAGGCUUUGAUCCCGUCUUAUCGACUAUUUCUGAAUCUUCUCAUACAGAAGGUAUUGGUCCUGAGGCUUCGAUUAUAUUUAGCACAUUGGUUGGUUAGCAAGAGAGUCAGUCAGUCAUUUAGUUAGUUACGACGGUAGCACUGGGGUUUUGGGAUGCAACUCUCGUCAACUAUGGGAUGGGGUGGGCCUGAUGCGUAUUAUUCGAGGGAUUUUGUAGGACUACAACUUUAUGAGCUCUUGGUUGAUGUGCAGUUGGGGCUUAGGAGAUGAUGCAUUAGUAGUAGUACUGG